CUCUGCAGUGUAAAAGCUGCCCCAAGGAACCAGACAGGCUGGAGGAACGGGCACCAGAGAUCUCACCAAAUCCAGCCAAGAAGGGCCCCAGAAGACCACACCUGGGAGAAGGAGAUACCAGGAAAAUGGACCCUGAACUGCUGAACCUUCCACUUGCAGUCAAGAUCCCUGUGGCACCUGGAUCCAAGCCUGUCUUCUGCAGGGGAAAACUGGGUGAAAAGCUCCACCGGCCGUUUCCUUAUUUCACUCUGGAUGAUCCCUACUGCCACCACCUCAGCCCAGCAUACAACUGCCUGCAUGACCCUGUCCUUCAGGACUACCACAAGCGCAAGGACGUGCUGCAUUUACUGAAGAAACAGGGCUUUGUCACCAGAGAAAACAAGCGUGGCCCCAACCUGCCAAGAAUCACCAACACUUCCUGUCAGGGGAAGCUGCAGCCUCAAAACCCUUCCAGCCUACCCAAGAGCCAAAAAUCGGGGGGAUGCAGAAAAGGGAGAGCAGCUCUGAACAAGGGCCAAACUUACCCCAGAGCUGAGCUGGGCCAGAAGGAUACCAGCACUGCUGCUGAUUCCCAGAGGAAGCCAGAUGGCACUGACAAUGGCCUCUUGAAUGCUGUGUUUAAGCAACUAACUGCAGCAGAAGCCAAGAAGCUUGAAGAGCUGGUUGAGACUGUGGUGUACAGAGUGUUGGAGAGGUUGAAGAUUCCUAGGGAUCAGCAUGUCAGCUUUUUACAGAGGGUUGCCCGGGGAAUCAGAGGAAGACUUUUAGGCUGCAUGAGAGCAGAACUUUUGGAUACUUCUCUAGAUCACCAUCAGAAAAUGGAAGUGAUGGCGAAAGAGCUUGUAGCAACAGUGUUGGAGAUCUUGGGGGACCGUCUGGCAUCCAGCACAUCCAAAGCUGCUGAGGCAGGGGUUGCAGCCAAGUGGGAGGACCUGCCUCUUGCUGGAAGAGCCACCCAAGCAGACAAAUCCAAGGACACUGCAGACAGAGUACUUUCAAAGACCUCCCUUGACACACUCACCAGAGAAGUUGUUGAGAGUGUUCAUUAUACCUUGGAAUCCUCUGUAACUUCUCAGUUUGAACAAGACACUGGCUGUGAGUACACUGAAAUCCUGGAGCUUCCUGGGGGAAAUGUCUCCAACAGACAAGUGCAGUCAUCCCAAACAUGUCCAAGGCAGGGCAUGGAAGCUGGACAAGGAUUUCCCAGAGCAUCUGAACAGCAGAGCCUGAAAGCAAUGUGGCCUGCCCCUGCAGAAGGGGCCGGGUGUGCCAAAACCAUGGAGCCUGAAGAUUGUGCAAUGGUGAAGGAGAACUUGGAAAGAAAAAGGAGCCUAAAGUCAACAGCCUUAGCCAACACUUUGGAUAUAAGGACCAUGUCAAAUCGGAUUGCUGACUCAGUAUUAGAGCGGAUUAGUCAACCUGGGCCUGCACCAUCCCUCAACAAGAACUUUCAAGGGCCUGUUGCAAACCCACCCACAUCCCAAGGUGGAAUAGAGAGCUGUGCCACUGAGGACACUUUCUCUACCGUGGACCCAUUGCCUUCCCAACAGCCCAUCCCUCCAGCCCAGGACAGAGCACAGCACAAAGCAGAGCGCCCAAAGCUCAUCUGAUGCAAGUGAGGUGUGUGACUGGAGAGCUGAAGAGCCCUCAGACAGCAAACACAGACCAAAUCCUUGUGGUGGCAAUA